AAACCACAGAGAACCCUCGGAAAAAUCCCUAUCCCAAUAGAACGGAAUGAGUACACCACAGCCGUCGCCGAAGCCUUCGCCGAAGCCUUCGCAGGCCAGCCGCGCUUCCCUCCAGCCGCGCGUGAGUCCCGCUCCUCGCAGCGAAGCCUCUCAGCCAAAUAGUCCUGAAUCCAUUCGUCCCGCGAAAAGAUCUCGUAUCAAUCUGAGUGCGGAGGCGAGCGCUACGACUGAGAAUAGCAAGCCUGCGCAGCCUCCUCAGCCUGCUCAGCCUGGGGUUAAGAACCCCGCUGGGGACAAGGCCGGGGCUAGCGGUCAGGCGAGUACCGGAAGACAGCCAGGGGGGAAUGUGAAGACUGGGGCUACUCAGCCUGGUAUCGGCCAGCCGAAUAUCACCCAGCCCGGAGUCCACCAUCCCAGAUUCAACCUACCGCGCUUCACCGCGCAGCCCGGACAUACCAACCGUGCCAACCAUGCUCUCUUCCACGUCGGCCAGCCUGCCACCGCCUACUACGUGGACCUCGACAUGGUGCGCGCGCGCUGCCCGCAACUCUACCAGACCUGGAUGCGCUGCCGCGUCAGUCAGCAGAACCCCAAUGUGAUUCUCCUCCCCAACGAGAACCCCAUCGUGUUCGGCUUCUUCAUCAAGUGGCUGGCCCAGCGCGCGCUGUUUGACGGGUACCAGCUGACCGACCCGAAGCCCGUCUUUCUUCUCUGGCGCUUCGCCGAGCAGUAUCAGUGCGAGGCGCUGCGGACCGACCUGCUGGUGUACCUGCGCAGCUGGCUGAUCGCUCACCACAUCCCUUUCAAGAAGGAUGUCGUCAAUCUCGUCUACGCCAUCACCAAGCCCGGCGCAAAGCUCCGCAAGCUGGUCGCGGAGGUCAACGCCUGGCGCAUGGGAGCCGCCGAGUUUGAGGCCACGACCGCCGACGUGCCCCGUCCGUAUGUGGACGACCUGGUCCGGAGCUUGUUGCUGGUGCGCUCCUUUUGUCCUCUGACGGGACUGCCCAGUGACUUUGCCACUCGCUACAUUCCCACUGAGAAUUAGCUUUGCGCUGUACUAAAACUCCAUGGGAGAUGAGUGAGUGAGGUUGGUCUCGGAGUUGUCGUGGCUAGUUGCUACAGCUUGUAAUGUCCCCUCCAGAUUGCUUUGCUUGUUUUUUUUUGACGGGGAGUUGUCUUUAUCGGAUGGACCUUGAACGGUCGUUGAAAAAUGUCUUCAAUUGUUGCUUCGGGAACUUAAUUGAUAUCUUCCUUGUCAU